AUGGGAGUGAAUUUCAAGAGGUGGCAGCAGAAGAUGUUGUUCUACCUAACUAUUCUAAGCCUUUUGAGGUUUUUGAGUGAAGAUCCACCAACCGUGGAAGAGAAUGAACAAGACAAGAAGAAGUUCAUGGCUCUAGAUGCUUGGAAGCAGUCAAAUUUCUUUUGCCAGAACUAUGUUCUGAAUGGCUUGGCAAAUUCACUUUUCAAUAUGUUUGAUGCCAAGAAGUCGGCAAGGGAGCUGUGGGAUUCUUUGGAGAAGAAGUACAAAACCAAGGAUGUUAGGUUAAAGAAAUUUGUCUCGAAGAGCUCAUUAUCAAGAUCCGUAUUGAGGAAGACAAUAGGAAGAAAGGGGGGGAGUACCUCUACUGUGAAAGCAAAUGUGGUUGAGCAUGGCCAAUCCUCAAGGGUGAAGAAAAAGCCACUGACAAGCAAAAGCUCAAAGUUGGAGACUAGAGAUGGAGUCUCCAAAAGGCCGAUCUACAAGCCACAGGAACCUACUUAUAGGUUCAAUGAAAAGUGCUUCAACUAUGGAAGCAAUGGGCAUUGGGCAGUUGAUUUCCGCAAAAAGAAGAAACCCUACAAGAAGAACCCUCCACAAAACAAAAGUCGAGCUCACAUAGAUGAGAUGGAGGAUUUGUCUCAAGAUGUAGACGGCAUGCAUCUGUCAGCUGUCGUCUCAGAAGUGAACAUGGUGGGGUCUAACCUGAAUGAAUGGUGGGUGGACACUGAGGCUACUCGCCAUAUCUAUGCUAAGAAGAAAAUGUUCACAAAUUUCGAACCGGUUUCAAAUAGAGAGAAGUUGUUCAUGGGGAAUUCUAUGACCUCAACUAUUAAGGUUAAAGGCAAGGCGAUUCUGAAGAUGACUUCAGGAAAAGAGUUGACUCUGAACGAUGUCCUCUGUACCGGACAUUCGUAA